UGUGGAGCUGAAAUUCAUAAACAAUAUUCAGUGUUGGUUAUUCAGAGGUAUUUUAAACAGUACUUCAAAGUUUGUUUAUGUUUUCACUGUGUAUCUUUUGAUGUGAUAUUAGUCCUGUACUUUAGAGAAUAUACUAAAAGCUGUAGUUUUGGUGACGGUUUUCAAAUAGUGAAGAUAAUAAGAAAUUCAGAAUGCCUUUACCACCUGCAUUAUUAGCUAAACUCUCUAAAAGAGGAAUUGUUCCACCACCAGGAAAACCACCAACAAAAGCGGCGACUAAAAAAGAGGACUACAAAGGUUAUGUAUACUGCCCUAAUAAAGUCAACAUGUUUCACAUUUGUACUGUCUUCUGUGAGACUAACUGGAGAGGGCAUCCAACACCAAAUACAUUGUAUGCCAGGAGUAUGCAGAAACUCAUAUUUAAGUAUCCAUUACCAAGCAAUUGGAUUGAAGUAUUCGAUAAGGGAGUUGGAAGAUAUUAUUAUUGGAAUAUUGAGAAUGAUUUAGUAUCAUGGCUUCCUCCAAAACAUCCAAAAGCCAAAAUAACAAAAUGUGUGGCCAAAUUGAGGCAACAAUAUUUAAAUGCAAAAAAAGCAGAUAAGGAGAAAGAAUCAGAUGAUAAAAGUGAAUCAGAAGAUAAAGAAUUCAAAAAACCUAAUUCACGCCUUCUAAGCCGAAGAGAUAGUGAUGAUAAGUCCAGAAAGGAGGAGAAGAAUAGUGGUAAAAGGCCUAGGAAAGAUAACGUUCUAGAUCCAAUGGAUCCAGCUUCAUAUUCAGACAUUGCACCUGGAACCUGGAGUGAUGGUUUGGAAAAUAACAAAACACAUGCUGAUAACACAGCUUCUGGAGUUUUAUAUCAGCAGAGGCCCUAUCCAUCCCCUGGAGAAGUUUUAUCAGGCAAUAAGGAUAAAAAUUCCAAAAAACAUUGAGAUAAAUGGAAUAUCGUGUAUAUAUUUUCUUCAUUACCUGUAAAUUAUAUUAUGCACCAAAAUAUUUGGUAAUCGUUGUAAAUAUUAAUAAAGUACAUUUUAUUAAAUAAACUGAAAUAUCACCAAA